UCUUAUAUACAUACACAUAUAGAUACACUACUUUACUUUACUUAACAUAGAAAGAUACAGUUAUCAGUUAAACAUAGAUCUCCCCAAAAUCAAAACCAUGACCAAACAUCAAACACCACCACCACCACCACCGUCAAACAGCACCAACCUUGCCUCAUGUCUUGUCGCCACCAUAUUCUUAAUCUUCAUCUUCAUAACAAUCUUCACACUUUACUUCACACUUUUCAAACCACAAGAUCCAAAAAUCUCCGUCAGUGCCGUCCAACUACCAUCCUUUAACGUCACAAAUAACGGCACAACAAUCAACUUCACUUUCUCACAAUACUCUUCCGUUAAAAACCCUAACAGAGGAACUUUCUCACACUAUGAUAGUUCAUUUCAGCUUCUUUACUAUGGAAAACAAAUCGGUUUCAUGUUUGUUCCCGCCGGGAAGAUUAGUUCUCGGAGAACUCAGUAUAUGGCUGCUACAUUCACUGUUCAGUCUCUUCCUUUGGGCUUGGAGCCCAAUGGGCCUGAUGGGCUUAAAAUGGGGCCCACUAUGGAGAUUGAAUCUACAAUGGAGAUGGUUGGGAGAGUGAGAGUUUUGCAUCUGUUCAGUCAUCAUGUGGAGGCUAAAGCUGAAUGCAGAGUUGCCAUUGCUGUAUCUGAUGGAGCUGUUUUAGGUUUUCAUUGUUAAUUAUUAUUGUUUUCUUAAUUAUUUGUAUUAUUAUCUAAUUAAUAUUUUUAUUUUUGUAACUGUAAACUAAAUUAGUUAGUUGAGGUGGCUAAAUUGAUCAUCUCUGAAUAUUUAGAAGGGAAUGAAUAUCUCAAAUUAUUAACUUGUAGCAGAUAAGUUAGUUGAUUGUGUUGUUUAGUUUACAAAUAUAAGAUGAUUGUGUCCCAAUGUCGAAUACCGAUACGACACCGACAUUUAUAAUUACACUAAAUUAUGUUAUUUUGUCAAAUUAUUAUCGAUGUCGAUAUGUCAAUGUUGUCCAUGUCUGUGUUUGUGCUUCAUAGAAAUUGGUCCGGUUAAUAAGAAUUGACUUAUAUUUUGCAA